UCUCUCUCUCUCUUUAGCCCUAAGUGCCGCAAAUCUCCUGCCGUUCUCUAUUCACAGAACCAGAUGAGCGGGAGCGCGUUCAAUGCGUUCAAGGCGCGGGUGCCGAUCGAGUGGAGCCCGAGGCUAUACAUCACGCUGGUGCGCGGCCUCCCUGGCACCCGCCACCUCCACCGCCGCACCCUUGACGCGAUGCGCCUCCGCCGCUGCCACCGUACCGUUGCUCACCGCAACACCCCCUCCCUCCUCGGCAUGCUCAACCAGGUGAAGCGGUUGGUGGUUGUGGAGACGGAGGCGAUGUUCAACUCCAGGAAGCAACAACAAGAGGAGCACCGAGCCUUGCGGCCACCCAUCGUCGUCAGCCAUUCCCCUCCUCCCACUACCUCUUCCGCAGCCGAUUCUGCUAAGUAGCUACUGCUUUUUCGUUGCUCAGAUCGCUUCGGUUGGGUGAAAUUUGCUUCAGUUUGUGGCUGUCCGGGUGCAAAUCGCUUGGAAGUCUCUAAAGAGAGUGAUUUGCAAGGGAGAAGAUUGUGUUGUCUCAAUUGCCUUAGGAUCUUACAGUUCGUAGUGGCAUGACAUGUUGUGAAAUACGCCUAGUUUGAGAGCAGUAAAAAGCAUACUGUUUUAUUUGACUUAAACAACGAGUUAGAGAAUUAAAGCCAAGUGUUCGACUAAAUGUGACAAAGGUAUGUUGAUAGCACAUGGAUUUAGAGAUCAGCCACUGUCUAAUAUUUGUUGGGGAUUCAACUUUUUUUUUCCUUGUAAUCUCUCUCAGGAGUCAAGAGUAUGCAAUCCUACCACAGGAAUUAGUAUGGAGUAGCAAAGUCAGCUGAUGUCCAAGGGUCUGUCUACAUAAACCAUUGCAAAUUAAGGAUGAAGGGUUACCUAUUGAA